GUCUGUGUGAUCGAAAGUAGUGUACUGGUUCGACUCGACCAAUUCAGUUCUUCUGUCACUUUCGAAUCAAACUUAUAAAUCAAUUCAAUUCUGAGAUUAAAUGAGAGAUGUUAUAGCAUACUCACCGUCUUUUGAUUGUUGCAUGUGAAAGUUUGAUAUAUAAUAUUUGAUUGAAUAUUAACGAUUUAUGCUUUCAUUAGUUCUCAUGACAUCUCGGGUGGUCGGAACGGAAUUGACAAGAGGAACGGUUGGUUGAACCACGAGAAGCUCGGUUCGGAUUGGCAUCGAUCGAAAUCGGACCCGGUUAAAUCACAGGGAGCUCGAGAACGGAAUCCAUCGAAAGGAAGCACGCAGAAGGGGCUGAACCACCAUGGACGACGGCGAUAUACCGGCAACCUCCAGGGCCUCGUCCGAGCCUUCCGCCAGUGGAGGUGGCGGGGUGAAUGGCGCCGAGGGACCUGCUGCCGGCCACGAGGGGUGGGACGCCCUGGCACGGGCGAUCGCUUCGACGCUGGGGGCCGUGAUGAGGGAGUUCGAUUCCAGAGCGGAGGGUACCGCCCGGAGCCAGGACGAGCUCUCCCUUUCUCUAGAUCGCCUCACAGGAGAACUAGACAUAUUGUUAGAAGAUGCACCUUUGCCGUUUAUUAUGCAAUAUGCUGCCAAAAUCUCCUCUCUCUGCAAAAGGGUUUCAGCGCUGAACUUACUUUUGAAAUCGAUUCAGAGGCGCAUUGAUAACAUGGACCAAAUGCUUUCUACUGGCUUACCCACUGAUAACCAUCAAUUGACAGAGCAGUCACAUCAUUAUUGACUUGCAAUUCAGGUACUUUGAUUUCUUUGAUCGACAUUCUUAAUUUUGAUUAUGUUUCUUUGAUGUCUCAUUCGUGUAGGUUAUUAUUCUUUGUAUAAAUAGUGUAGCUGCAUUUGUUUUCACAGAUGAUAGCUACUUAUUGUUAUGAGUAAAGUGAUGUAUGUCGUACAGGGCUCAAACUUUGUCAUCUUUAAUGCUGUGCUUUUUCAUUAUCUACUAUCCAAAAGAUUUUUCGUCCUUUCUUCGCCCCUCUAGUUAUCUCAUGAUUGAGCAAAAGCUUUAAACUGGUUUGUUUUAAUCUUAAAAGUGCAACAGUUUAGUUUCAAUCCAUUACUUGUUUGAUUUA